AAAAAGGACAUGAAACUGGGUAAAUAACCCGAUAUAAAACAAGAGAGGGAGAAACAAGGGGCAACUACCCCGCUGGUUGCGACGAGGCCCGAUAGAGGGCAGCGCCGUCGCCAUUUUUCCUUUCCGAGGAAGAUCGUCUCACCGGCCGAAGGUUCUCAUAAAAGAACACAGCCACCACAAAAAUGCCUCAGCUCACAGAAAUUGAGAAGACUACUCCCUCCGCAGCUGAGGCAGCAGAGGAGCAUGAGGCUGGCUCAGGCUCAGACUCUGACACAGAGGAGUCUCUGCCAGAGCUGGAGCAGGGUGAUAUUGCCUCUGCCCCAGUAGUCACAGAGGCUUCUAAGGUGGCCAAACAGAGCCGAUCUGAGAAGAAGGCUCGCAAACUUAUGGCCAAGCUGGGACUGAAGCAGGUGCCUGGUGUGAACCGUGUCACCAUCCGCAAGAGCAAGAACAUCCUCUUUGUCAUCAACAAGCCUGACGUAUUCAGAAACCCUUCCUCUGACAGCUAUAUUGUCUUUGGUGAGGCUAAGAUUGAGGACAUGAGCCAGCAAGCCCAGAUGGCUGCUGCCGAGAAGUUCAAGGAACCUGCAGUCAACCCCGCCAAAGACACUGCUGCUCACACCACUGUACCUGCCGCUAUACAAGAAGACGAAGAGGAGGAUGAAGAGGAGGUGGACGAGACUGGAAUGGAAGAGAAGGACAUUGAGCUUGUUGUAUCACAGGCCAAUGUGUCCAGAGCGAAGGCUGUCAGAGCCCUGAAGAAUAACAAUAAUGACAUAGUGAAUGCCAUUAUGGACUUAACCAUGUGAUUUUUUUGAUUACUUAUUUUUUUUCCCCUUCCCCGACAAACAAAUUGCGACCUUUGUUAUGGGAUUAUGAUGGCAUUUUCCCAUAGAUUGCGAAUGUUACCUAUUACUUUGAGUAUCGAAAUCGUGUAUUGCUUUUACCAGUCAGCUUACGUGCAACAGGCAAACGUAUAUUACAGUUAUGCAUAUAACAUAUAUUGUAAUUAAUACAUAUAAUAAAUUCCAGUUAUUCAAA